AUGGAUGAGGAUGCUACAGUACUAUUCCUUACUCGAAUGCUUGAACAGGCUGAGAUGAUUUUGGCUGAAAUUGUGCGAAUUUCUGGAUUUGUGGGAAAAGACUUUGUCGGGCCGGAAAAGUCGAAAUUUCGAAAGUUUUUGAUGGAUUUCAAGUAUUUUCAGAAGGCGGAUUAUUGGGAAAAGGAGUUUGAGAAGGAGUUGGUGGGUUUUUUGGGAAUUUGGAGUUUUUUGAUAGUAAAUAUGGCUAGAAAUCUGUAAUUUUUUGGCUGAAAAUUCGAGAUUAAAAAUUUUGAGUAAAAAUUUGGAUUCUGCUUGAAAUUCUGAAGAUUUUGAUUCCAAAUUUGGCUAGAAAUCUGUAAUUUAUUAGCUGAAAAUUCUUGAUCAAAAAUUUUUAGUGAAAAUUUGGAUUCAGCGUGAAAUUCUGAAUUUUUUGACUCCAAACUUGACUAGAUUUUUUGACUAGAAAUCUGGAAUGUUUUGGCUGAAAAUUGGAGAUUGAAAAUUCUGACUAGAAAUUCUGGAUUCAGCCUGAAAUUCUGAAUUUUUUGACACUAAAUUUGAAUAGAAAUCUGUAAUUUUUUGGCUGGAAAUCUGGAAUUACAAAUUUUAAGUUGAAAAUUUGGAUUCAGCCUGAAAUUCUGAAUUUUUUGAUUCCAAAUUUGACUAGGUUUCGAAAAUCUGAAAUUCAGAUUUUCAGACACAAAUUAGGAUUCAUUUUCAGAAAAAAUCAAAUACUUCAAUUUUUUAGCUGGAAAUUACUAUCUGAAAUUCCAGCCAACAUCAAUUUUUUCCAGAAACUCCAAACCCUGUUCUACUCAACACACGGUCCAGUUUUCACGGCCUUUGAGCAAGUUUUCAAUCUGAUUCCUGAAUUUGUGCAAAGUUUUUCGAAAUAUUCCGAAAUUGGCAAGGGAAAUUUGAUGGCUGGAGAAGAAGAGGAAACAAUUGCGGAAUUGGAGGUGGGUAGCAAAUGCGCUCCAUUGAGAAUUUUCAAAAUUCCUUUUAGAGCGCACUUGACUUGCCGUGUUUUUCUGAACAUUUUUAGCUAUUUUUAAAGCUCUGAAACUCAGUUUCAAGCUUGGUAUAGCAAAUGCGCUCUAUUGAGAAUUUUAAAAAUCUUUGAAAUUUUCAAAAUUCCUUUUAGAGCGCACUUGACUUGCUGUGUUUUUCUGAACAUUUAGAGCUAUUUUUCAAUCUCUAAAACUCAUUUUAAAGCUUGUUAGAGCAAAUGCGCUCCAUUGAGAAUUUUAAAAAUCCACUCACUGAAAAUUGAGAAAAAAAUUGAAUUUUGAACUAUGACGUGGCAAUUCCCAAUAAUUUAUUGAUCCAAAUUAAUUAAAUAAUUAAUUAAUUACUCCCUAUUAAUUGGAUAAAAAUCAUCUUUCCAUUCAGUGAUAACCCAUUUCCCAUUUUCUCCUUUUUCAACUUUCACAAUUGCCAAAUUAAAAACCUCUUCAUACGUAAUCUUGGCUCGAAAAUUCACAACAUCUCGAUUUGCCUCUUCAAAAUCAGCCGUUCCAACUUCCCAUUUUUUGUCCGAAUCUCCUUUCGGCAGAGUUAGCGGAACUCGAUUUUUCUUGAAAUCUCUAUGAGAAUAGAAUUUUGCGUUGAAUUUCAUUGGAUUCGAAAUGAUGUGUUCGAAAUCGGCUGAAUCGUGUGCUUGUUGAUUUUUUCUAAUGUCCUGAAUCAUCAUCCAAUAGUUCAGAAGAGUAUCGGCGAUUUUUGUUGGUUGUGGUGGGGUUGUUGAGAGAGAUUGGCUAACUUGAGACAAAAAUAUUAGGGAAAAUAUCAUUUUUGUUUGGAAUGAAAAUGAACAGUUUUUGUCGAAUGUCUGAAUUCUCACAGACUAUUUUAUUUUUUUUUUCGCUGGAAGGCUGAAAAAUGUUUAAAAAUGUUUUUCUAACAUCGAAAAAUUCACAAAAAGUCAAAAAAUGUCGAAAAAACAUUGAGUUUUUCAGCCAAAAAUGAUGACAAAUCGAUAUUUUUUAAGCUUUUGGAGUAAUUUCUGAUGAAAAAAAGCUUCAAGGCUUAGGCUAUCUUGAAAUUUUUCAAAAUUCUCAUUAGAGCGCACUUGACUUCCCCGUGUUUUUCUGAACAUUUUGAGCUAUUUUUCAAGCUAUAAAACUCAUUUUAAAGCUUGUUAGAGCAAAUGCGCUCCAUUGAGAAUUUUGAAAAUCUUGAACAUUUUCAAAAUUCUUAUUAGAGCGCACUUGACUUGCCGUGUUUUUCUGAACAUUUUGCUGUAUUUUUUGUGCUCUAAAGUCAAUUUUAAAGCUUGUUAGAGCAAAUGCGCUCGAAUGCGAAUUUUGAAAAUUCCAAUAUUUUUCAAAAUUCUCAUUAGAGCGCACUUGAUUUCCCUUAUUUUUCUGAACAUUUUGAGCUAUUUUUGAAGCUCUAAAACUCAUUUUAAAGCUUGUUAGAGCAAAUGCGCUCCAUUGAGAAUUUUGAAAAUCUUGAAAAUUUUCAAAUUUUCUUUUUUUUUCUAUUAAUCUUAUUUUGGCAUCCGCAAGUCUUCAAACCCCCGACUAACCCGAGUCAACAUUGCCUAACCUGCCAGAUUUCAGAUCGAACUCGUCUACACCACCGGUCUGCUAUUCUUGAACUUGGAAAAAUUGCUGCCGGCGGCGAUUCGCGAGCGAAUCUACGUGGCAAUUUAUCGCCGCUGCGCAACGCGACAAAAUGCCGAAUUUUUGGUGGAUUUUUUGGCGGGUAAGACUUUUUUUUCAAAAAUUUUUGAAUUUUCUCCCAAAAAAAUCACUUAUUUUCAGCCACCACUUCAACUGACACAUUUUUCAAGCGCUCUCAAAUCUCUGUGGAUUUUGUGCGCGGAAUUUUGACGCGAAUUGAGCGCGAGCAAUUGGCGCCACGUCACAAACGAGCACAAUUCAUGUACGUGGCGCUGCUCUUCGACAAACACACGCUGGACAAGGAUUCGACACGAAUGGCUCAGAUUUGUGCGAUGGUUUUCAGAGAGGAAUGGGUGGGUUACUGUAGGGGGUUUUGGCGCGAAAAUUUUGGGAUUUUUUGAUACUAAAUAAGGUUAGGGUUACUGUAGGGGGGUUUUGGCGCGAAAAAUUCGGAGCAUUUUGACACCCAACACGAUUAUUUUUUUGUUCCCAACAAAAAAUACGUUUCAAAAAUUUGAUAUACAGUAAUUUGUUAAAGGAACAUGCUCAAAAUACCGUAAUUCUGAGCCUAAACAUGACAUGUUCCUUUAAUUUUCCUACAGUAAUCCUUUAAAGGAGCAUGACCUAAAUUUCUAUCAAAAACACCGUGUUUUUUGAGCCUAAAUAUGACUAUGUUCCUUUAAAUAUUCCUACAGUAUUCAUUUAAAGGAACAUGGUCUUGUUUGGUUUCAAAAAUACCGUAAUUCUGAGCCUAAAUAUGCCUAAAAUAUGAUGUUCCUUUAAUUUUCCUACAGUAACCCCAUUUUUCCCCGCAGGUCUUCAAUCUUGGCUACAAUAUCAUCAUUAAUCUUUUCGAUGCCUGGUAUUACAAUAAAUCAGCCUGGUAUGCAAUGAAUUCACAAAUUCGAACAGUUGAAGCAAAUCGAAUCGCUGAAAAUCAUCUGAAAAUUCUGAAAUCGUGGAAAUUAUCAAAAUCCAUUGAAGUCUCCGAUUUUCCCGAAGUUUUGAAGCAGAUUUCGAAUUUUAAUCUGUCAUUGAAAUGGCUGAUUUUACAUUGCAGUGGGUUUUUUCUUGAAUUUUGGCUGAAAAUUUUCAAUUUCAGGGUCACAAAGAUAUAAAAUAAUCAAAAAUCCACCCAGUUCUGAUCAAUUUUUCACGUGGAUUUUGGAAAUUUCAAAGGUGGAGCUGGAAUUUUUGAGAAAGUUCCGAGUGAAUUUGAAAAAUCGAGCGAGCCAGUUUGAAGAGGGAAAGGAGAGGAUUUGUGAGCUGUUGAAGAAGUUGGCGGAUUUUUUUGAGAUGGGAUUUGUGUCGGUGAAUCAGGGACAGAAAGGUGAGGAAGCUGAAAUUUCUACAGUAAUCCUGAUAAAAUUCUGAAUUUUUUGACACCAAACAUGACUAUUUUUGGGUCCCGAAGCGAAGUACAGUACUCCUAGGAAGAUUUGAGAUUUUUUGACACUAAAUUUGACUAUUUUUGGGUCCCGAAGCGAUCUACAGUAAUCUCCUGGAAAAUUGAGAUUUUUUGACACUAAAUUUGACUAUUUUUGGGUCCCGAAGCGAUCUACAGUACUCCUAGGACUAAAUUUGUCUGGGUUACUGUAGGUUUUUUUGGGAAUCUGAAAUUUCAGAUUUACUAUAGCUAGCUCAUUUUUAGGCUGAAAAAUUUUGGUUUUCCAGAAAUUUUUCAGAUCAAAAUUCAAGCUGAAAAUCAGAAUUCAAAUUUUGAGCUGUGAAUUUAGGCUGAAAAAACGAUUUUUCAAAAAAAAAUGUUUUAAAAAUUUUUUCAGAAUUUUUUAAAUCUGAAAAUUUGAAGCAAUUUUUCAGAUUCAAAAAAAAUUGGUAAAAUUUCUAGAAAUCUAAUUUUCAAAUCAAAAUUUAGUCUAAAAUUUGUUUUCACAUGAAAUUGUUCAAAAAAUUGAAUUUUUAAGAAUUUUCAACCUGACAUUGAAAAAAAAGUUGAAUUUUCAUCUGAAAAAAAAUAAUUUCCAGAUUUUUUUGAAAAAUUGGAAUUUUGAAUUUUUUUUUUCAACCUGAAAUUCAGAAAUUUUAAUUUUCAACCUGAAAUUAAUUUUUUUUUCUGAAAUUUCAGUCAAAAAUUUGAAUUUUUGACCUGAAAUUAAUUUUUUUUUUCGAAAUUACAGUCAAAAUUUUGGUUUUCACCUGAAAUUUUUUAAAAAUUUGAAAAUGUUGAAAAAAAUAAUUUCCAAAAUUUUGAGCUGUGAAAUUAGGGCUGAAAUCUUGAAAUUAAAAAUAGGAAAUUUGAAUUUGAAUUUUCUGGAAUUUUCAUUUGAAAUUUUUAAGCCCAGAAAUUAUUGUAAAAAAUUUUUCUGAAUUUUUUAAAUCAGAAAAUUCCGUGAAUUUUUCCAAAAAUAUCGAUUUUCAGCUCAAAAAGCUUAUGAAUUUCACAUUUUUGACAACAAAAAAGCUAUAAAUUUUCAAAAUUUCCAGAAAACUUUCUCAAAUGGCUCACCAACUUAUCCGAAACCAUAAAACACCUCAAAACCGACCAAGAAGAUCUGAUUCUACAAAUUCAGCGACGCCUCAAAAAUUCCAGCGAUCUUCUGGGUCUCGACGCGAAUUUCACCAUCAAAGAGCUCCUCGAAAAAAUCGACAGUGCUCUAAAAAAUCUGAAAAUCUUGCUGAAACUCUCUGAAAAUUCGAGAAAUCAAGUGCUUCGAAAAAUGGAGGCCGAUUAUUUGUGGACAAUUAUGGAAGAUGAGCUGAUUCCCAAAAUUCAGCAAAAUUUUUUCGGCCCUCAAUUUAGCGUAACUGCGAUUUUCACCAAAUUGAGCAUUUCGAUUCGCGUUUUUGGGCAACGCAUGAAGAAAUUGCGCAAUUUUUCGGAGAAUUUACAGCGGAAGCUGAUGAGCUGCUGGUCCGCGAUUUUGGAGCAACAACUCCGGAAAGUGCUCCAAAUUGUGCCGAAAUCGGUUUUUGACACAAUGCGCCACGUCAUUUUACCCAAAAAAUAUAUUUCCAAUAAUUUGGGUGUCGAAAAUUAUGUGGAGAAAUCGGUGGUUUUUGAGCGCGUCAGAAAUGAGAGGGAUGUGGUUAGAGUGAGUUUUUUUGGGGGUCCCGAGGCGAACUACAGUAAUCCUAGGAAGAUUUGGGAUUUUUUGACACCAAAUAUGAUUAUUUUUGGGUCCCGAAGCGAAGUACAGUAAUCUCCUGAAAAUUUGGGAUUUUUUGAAACCAAAUAUGAUUAUUUUUGGGUCCUGAAGCGAUCUACAGUAAUCUCCUGGAAAAUUGCGGUUUUUUGAAACCAAAUAUGAUUAUUUUUGGGUCCCGAAGCGAUCUACAGUAAUCCUAGGAAGAUUUGGGAUUUUUUUACCCCAAAUAUGAUUAUUUUUGGGUCCUGAAGCGAUCUACAGUAAUCUCCUGGAAAAUUGCGGUUUGGUGUCAGAAAAUUGCAAAUUUUCCCAGGAGUACUGUAGAUCGCCUCGGGACCCAAAAAUAUUCAUGUUUGGUGUCAGAAAAUUGCAAAUCUUCCCAGGAGUACUGUAGAUCGCCUCGGGACCCAAAAAUAUUCAUGUUUGGUGUCAAAAAAAUUGCAAAUCUUCCCAGGAGUACUGUAGAUCGCCUCGAGACCCAAAAGUUACCAUGUUUGGUGUCAAAAAAUUGCAAAUUUUCGCAAAAUUACUGUAGAUCGUUUCGAGACCCAAUUCAAAUUUCAAUUUUUUGCCAGGCCACCUACAAAAUCGCCAACAUGUCUCAAGGAAUCUCUCGAAUGAUGAUGCGAAAAGUCGGAACCGUCGAAAUCAAUCCGAAAAAGCUGCUGGAAGACGGCAUCGAACGUGAAUUGUAUCGUGAAAUCAAGCGAGUUAUCGGAAGUCCCACAGAAAUUGGUACAGUAACCCAUUAUGUCCCUUUAAAACCCGCAAAUUCAGGAAAAUUCGUCGAAAAUUUGCGCGAUUUGCAAAAAAUGCGCGAAGCCUUCAUCUACGUUUGCGAAUUUAUGAAUUUGAACGGAAAUCUGAUUUGGACACGAGCUGUUGAGGAUUAUUUUGGCGGCAAAUUAGCGGAUGAUGGCGAGAAUUUUAUGGUGGAGAUGGUGAAGAGGGCGACGCAGGCUAGGUAGGGGUUUUUACGCGGUGAAAUUUGGAGCAUUUUGAGCCCGAAUAUGGGUAUUUUUAAGCCCCGCCCACUUUUCUGCAAUCCUGGCACGAUUUUUCUGAGCAUUUUGAGCCUAACCAUGAGUAUUUUUGAAGCCACGCCCCUUUUGCAAGCCUGGCACGAUUUUUCUGAGCAUUUUGAGCCCGAAUAUGACUAGGGUUUUGAGCCGUGAAAUUUGGAGCAUUUUGAGCCUAAACAUGACUAGACUCUAGUCUAAAAUUAAAGGACAAUUAUGAGCUUGAAAAAUAUGGAGCAUUUUGAGCCCAAAUUCAACUAGAUUUAAGCCCCGCCCCCUUUUUUGCAAGCCUGGCACGGUUUUUCUGAGCAUUUUGAGCCCAAAUAUGACUAGUAUAACAUUUUGCUGAAACCCCUACAAAAAAAAAUAUACAUUUUGGUCCCGCCACGAAAAAUCUCUCUACAGUAAUCCUCCUCAUCCCUCAUUUCCAGAACUUCCCGAUUCUCCUCCGAUCUCAUGGUUUGGAAAGAUCUGAAGGGCCGAAAAACGCAAUUCUCCUACGAUAUGAUUUAUAAUAUUGAGAGAAUGGUCCCAUUUCAUCCGACGACGUCGAUGGAAAAUGCGAUUUUGGUCGAGUUGGAGACGGGAGUGAAAGGUUGGUGGUGGAAAUUUGGAGCAUUUUGAGUCUCAAUAUGCUCAGGCUCCGCCCAUUUUUGUGACGGGAAAAUUUGGAGCGUUUUGAGCCUAAACAUUACAUGUUCCUUUAAAUUGUUGCUACAGUAAUCCUUUAAAGGAACAUGGUCUUGUUUGGUUUUAAAAAUACUGUAAUUUCGAAUUUAAAUAUGACCAUGUUCCUUUAAUGUUCCUACAGUAAUCCUUCAAAGGAACACAAGCUUGUUUGGUUUCAAAAAUACGGUAUUUUAGAUCCUAAACAUGACAUGUUCCUUUAAUUUUCCUACAGUAAUCCGUUAAAGGAACAUGGUCUUGUUUGAUUUCAAAAAUACCGUAAUUUCGAAUUUAAAUAUGACCAUGUUCCUUUAAUUUUCCUACUGUACUAUUUUUAAAGGAACAUAAUCUUGUUUGGUUUCAAAAAUACCGUAUUUUAGAUCCUAAACAUGACCGUGUUCCUUUAAUUUGUUGCUACAGUAAUCCUUUAAAGGAACAUAAGCUUGUUUGGUUUCAAAAAUACCGUAAUUUUGAAACCAAACUUCUACAGUAACCAUUUAAAGGAUCACGACCUAAAUUUCUAUUAAAAACACCGGUUUUUCUGAGACCACAUAUGGAUAUGUUCCUUUAAUUUCCUACAGUAACCCUUCAAAGGAACACAAGCUUGUUUGGUUUCAAAAAUACCGUAUUUUUGAGUCUGAUUAUGAUUUUUUUCCAGAACAUCUGCAAACUUGCCGAAAAAUCAUGCUCACCGCAAAUCUGCCAAAUCCAUCAGCUUGGGAAUCGAUUUUCGGAACCGCGGAUUUCGAUAAAAUGCUCAAAUUCGUCCACGCCAACUUACCGCAACUCACCGCUCAAAUCUCACAAAUUGGCCAAUUUCUGCUGAUUCUACGUGGCAUCGGCGAGAUGAAAAGGAUUUGUGGUGAGAUUCACGAGAAUCGCAUCUUCAAAGAGCUUCGCGUGUCGAGCCGAAAACUUGUGGAGUUACCGCAAGUCUCGCGCAAUUUGCUCAGGCUUUUUGCGGCUUUUUCGAUGUAUGACGUGGCAAAAGUGCGAUUUGAGAUGCGAGAUGAGAUGAAUCCGGUGCUGAUGAUGGCGGUGAUUCAGGCGAUUGCGGCGAAGAUUGGAGGUUGGUUAUGGGGGAGCAUUUUGAGCCCAAAUGUGACUAAUUUUGGAGCAUUUUGAGCCCAAACAUGACUAGUUUUGGAGCAUUUUGAGCCCAAACAUGACUAGUUUUGGAGCAUUUUGAGCCCGAACAUGACUAGUUUUGGAGCAUUUUGAGCCUAGAUUUUGGGGCGGAAAAUUUGGAGCAUUUUGAGCCCAAAUGUGACUAGAGUAUAGUCUGAAUUUUGCAGCAUUUUGAGCUCAAACAUGACUAGUUUUGGAGCAUUUUGAGCUCAAAAAAUGACUAGACUCUAGUCUAAAAUUAAAGGAUAAUUAUGAGCUCGAAAAUUCGGAGCAUUUUGAGCCCAAAUUUGCUCACUCAGGCUCUGCCUCUUUUGGAGCAAUUUGAGCCCGAACAUGACUAGACUCUAGUCUGAAUUUUGAAACAUUUCGAGCUCAAAUAUGACUAGACUCUAGUCUGAAAUUAAAGACAAUUUUGAGCUUAAAAUUUGGAGCAAUUUGAGCCCGAACAUGACUAGACUCUAGUCUGAAUUUUGAAGCGUUUUGAGCCCAAACAUGCUUAGGCUCCGCCCCUUUUGGAGCAUUUUUUGCUCAAGACAUGACUAGAUUCUAGUCUAAAAUUAAAGGAUAAUUAUGAGCUCGAAAAUUUGGAGCAUUUUGAGCCCAAACUUGCUCAGGCUCCGCCUCUUUUGGAGCAUCUCCAGCCUUAGAAAGACUAGAGUGUAGUCUGAAUUUUGAAGCAUUUUGAGCUCAAAAAUAAUAUUUUUUUCAAAUUUUUUAAUUUCCUGCGAAUUUUCACACGCAUUUUUUUUUAAUUUUCAAAUUUUUUUACGCCUUCCCAAAAUGUUGCAGACCCCAAUUUCGUGUGCCCCGAGCAAUUUUCCACCGGAUUUCUCUUCAUUCUCCACCAAUCCAAAAUGUUGCCAAUUUUACAAGCGAUUCUGCGCGAAAAGCUUCCCGAGCUGGCGAGAAAUUUGCACAAAAAACGGAAUUUUGGUGGAUUUCUGGAUGGUUUGAUCAGUUUUGUGUAG